CUCGACUCCACUCCAUCCUGGAGGAGUUGUGUUUUUGUCUCGUUGGGCGCGUGUUGAUUUUAAACGAACUAACUAUAGAAAGUGUAAGUGGCCAUGGAAGGAGCUGUGGAUAUUCAAGAAGACAAGUAAUGAUCAUUAUUUUAAAACAUGAUUCUGAAUCAUAUCAUAAGAAGUCCUAAAGCAUUAAAAAAAAUUAAAGUAUGCACCUCAAAGCAUAAUGGCCAUGUCAACCAAAGCACUGAUUCAACCGUUAUUUUAAAUGCUGAAACUACUUACGCCAUUCCUCAGUCAGUGGAACAAUCUCCAAAGGAUGAGAAGGGAAAUGAUAGAUUAACAGCAAACAAAUUGAUAAAUGAUGGGGCACGAAUUAAUCCUUGUGGCAUUCAGAUGUUACCUAGCAGUAUUUAUCAGCACCUUUUUGGGAAGCAAAAUCCACCUCAUACUGACAAAGAUGUGCGUACCUCUCAAGCCAAUUUGAAGAAAUAUGGUUUAAAAAUUGACAGUGCAACCUCUGUUCCCGAGGUCGACUUGAAACUUCCACCAUUAGAAGGUAGAAAUGUGGAAGAGCACUUCAUGAAUAUUGGGAAACAGCAGAGCGAGCCCUACCGUCUACUCAUUGAAAAACUUACUGAGCCACUUCCAGAAAAGCCCUCAGUCUGGGAGCUUCAAGCUGGUUGGACGAAAUAUGUACCCGGAGAACCUCCCCUCAGAGUCAGCUAUCCUGAAGAAGAUGCCAUUGUUAUUGAUGUUGAAGUGUGCCAACAUGCUGGUGGAGCCUUGCCUACUCUUGCUACUGCUGCUAGUCCAACUGCAUGGUAUGGAUGGGUUUCAUCAAGUCUUAUUGAUGGUGGAAUGUCUUCAAUGAAGGAGCAAUAUACCACACAAUAUCUUAUUCCCUUAGAGAGCUCUGCAUCAUUUAAAGUUUCAUCAUCAAAAAAUCUCAAAAGACCAAAAGUAGCUGUUGGGCAUAAUGUUAUGUAUGAUCGAGCUCGUUUCAAAGAACAAUAUUUACUUGAACCAACUGGAAUGCGAUUUGUUGAUACCAUGUCACUACACAUUUGUGUCAGUGGAAUUACAAGCUACCAGAAAGCUGUUUUAACAAGGGCCAAAAAAGCCAAUGCUGCUGAAAAGGAUGAGUCAAGUGAAAGUGAUGAGCUUGCAACUGAUGCAGAGGAUUUAGCUGCCCUUCAGGCAAGUUCAUCUUUAAAUGGAUUAGCAGAAGUGUUGAAGCUGUAUUGUGACAAGCAGCUGGAUAAAGCUGGUAGAGAUGUUUUCAUCGAUGGAACUCUGAAUGAUGUUAAACGUCACUUUCAAUCAAGCAUGUCAUACUGUGCCUCUGAUGUGUCUGCUACUCAUGAUAUCUUGAGAUCUCUUUUUCCGUUAUUUUUAAAACGAUUUCCUCAUCCAGUGACUUUGGCUGGAAUGCUGGAGAUAUCCAUGGCUUAUCUCCCAGUAAAUAGAAACUGGACACAAUAUAUAGAAAAUUCUGAACAGGCUUACCAAGAUUUAGGCGUGGAAGCAAGAUUUCAGCUUGCAAGAAGAGCUGAUGAAGCUUGCAGUUUAUUGCAUGGAGAAAAAUUCCGUAAUGAUCUUUGGAUGUGGGAUCAGGAUUGGAGCUUACAAGAACUACGUUUGACAAAAAGAAAAAUCAAAACAAAGAAGGUUCAAGACAGUGAAAAACUUGAUGAACCAGAAAAUGUUGCCACUGAAGAACUGAAUGAUGAAGCUCUAGGUGAGCCACAUAUUAUUCUUGAUGAAUUGAAAGCACGGUGCAAAGAGUUUGAAGAGGAAAUUGUAGCCAGCCCAGAAGUCGAAUCCUUAAUUUCAGGCGGUGUACAACUCCCUCUAAGGCCUCCUCAUUUGCCUGGCUACCCGGCAUGGUAUCGCAAACUUUGUGAACCUCCUAAGAGAGAUGACUGGUCACCAGGAGCUCAACUCAUAACAACAAAAAUGCAAGUGGCACCUAAACUACUUCGCUUGACUUGGGAAAACUACCCUUUACAUUUUAUAAGAGGGGAGGGCUGGGGCAGCCUAAGACCAGUGGAUUCAGAUGAAAUAUCAUCAACUGAAGAAAGUAGUGGCCUACCCUUACAAGAGUUGGUUGCACAUUGGAAUUCUAUUCCAGUAGAGGAAAGAAAAUAUGGUGGUCACGUGGAUAUCUGCAAUGGUGUAACAUUUUCCAGAUUACCUCAUAAAAACGGUCCUGAAUUGAGAGUUGGAGAUCCUCUAGGCAGAGAUUUUAUAGUAAAGUUCUCAGAAAAUACAUUAUCAGGGGAUUCAGUAGCUGAAAGAAUGAUGGAUAUCGCCAGAAAACUUUCUUAUUGGAGAAACAAUAGAGUCCGUAUAAUGGAACAGUUAGUUAUUUGGCUCUCAUUGAAAGACUUGCCACAGAAUCUUGAAGAAAAGGUAAUUGGAGCCAUACUCCCCCAACUGGUUGUUUGUGGAACCCUUACCCGUAGAGCUGUUGAAAGAACGUGGAUGACUGCAUCUAAUAUUUCCAAGGAACGAAUUGGAUCUGAAUUGAGAGCAAUGGUUCAAGCUCCACCUGGGUAUAGUAUUGUUGGUGCAGAUGUUGAUUCCCAAGAGUUGUGGAUUGCAUCAUUAAUUGGUGAUGCAUAUGCUUCCAAAAUUCAUGGGGGAACACCUUUUGGAUGGAUGACUAUUAGUGGACGCAAGUCAGAAGGAACUGAUAUGCACAGUGUUACAGCAAAAGCUGUGGGAAUAUCCCGCGACCAUGCAAAAGUUAUCAACUAUGCUAGAAUAUAUGGAGCUGGAAUACCUUUUGCUGAGCAAUUACUCAAGCAAUUUAAUCCAUCUAUGAGUUUAAAUGAUGCUAAAACCAAAGCAAGAAAGAUGUUUCGCAUGACUAAAGGUCAGCGUAUGUAUGUACCAAAAACUGCUUUCGUUGGGAAUGUUCCAUAUGGACCUCAUUCUGCUUAUGAUGCAAGUGUAAUUGCUAAUCAAUUUGGUGCUGAUAAGAAAGAUUUAUUCAGGUUGAUCUGGAAUGGAGGAACAGAGUCUGCUGUAUUCAAUCGUUUGGAAGAAAUUGCUUAUGAUAGAACACCCUGUACACCAUUCCUUGGAGGAAGAUUGAGCAGAGCUUUGGAGAGCCAACAUAAUAAAAAUCUUCCCACCCGAAUCAAUUGGGUAGUGCAAAGUGGGGCAGUGGAUUUUUUACACUUGCUCCUUGUAGCAUUUAAGUGGCUUGAACCUGAUGCUAGGUUUUGUUUGAGUUUUCAUGAUGAAGUACGCUAUCUUGUACCGGAAGACAAAGCCCAUCAUGCAGCAUUGGCCCUGCAUACAGCUCAUUUGCUCACAAGAGCAUUUUGUGCUUCCCGUCUGGGAUUAAUUGACUUGCCUCUCUCUGUAGCCUUCUUUACUUCUGUGGAAGUGGACAAAACUCUACGGAAAGAAGCUCAUGAUAACUGUCAGACCCCAUCAAAUCCUCAUGGUCUCCUGAAAGGAUAUGGCAUUGCAUCUGGUGAAAGUCUAGAUAUUUACCAGUCUAUAGACAAAGCUGGUGGUCCUUAUGCCCUUAUUGCAAUCUCAAAAAGGAAGGAUGUCAGUCGCAACAAAACGUAAACAUGUGAUGCGUAGUGUGCUGGCAGAGGAUUUGGAAAUUCCCAAGACAAACCAAGACGUUGUGAAAAUUCGUGCUAGUGUAGGAAAUAACCUGCAUGAAGUGGAGACUGCAACUGGAGAAGUAUACCUAGUUUC